CCGUUAAAUAGUCGUAACCAAUAACCCUCUCAUCUUUUCCUUCAUUGAUUUCUUCUUGGAACUCUCCUUCUCUUUCUCUCUCACACAAGCCAAAGAACAAACGACUUUAUGGGCAAGAUCAAGUCUUUCAAGCAGGAGUUUUCUUUCGAUGAGCGUCUUGAAGAGUCAAAGAACAUCAUUGCAAAAUACCCAGAUCGAGUUCCGGUUAUCAUUGAAAGAUACUCCAGGACAGACCUGCCUGAAUUGGAAAAGAAAAAAUAUUUGGUGCCUAGAGAUAUGUCUGUUGGCCAGUUUAUCCAUGUAUUAAGCGGCCGGCUUGAACUAACUCCUGGGAAAGCGCUUUUUGUAUUUGUCAAGAACACAUUACCUCAAACAGCAAGUCGAAUGGAUUCUGUUUAUGAAAGUUACAAGGAAGAUGAUGGAUUUCUGUAUAUGUGCUACAGCAGCGAGAAAACCUUUGGCUAAUUAUGUCCAAGUAUAUAAUAGUUCAUACAUGUAAGUAUUUAUCAAUCUCACUUGUACUGAACACAGACGCCUUGUGUGCUUCGCAUCCCUUGUAAUUUCAUGUUCCCUGUACAUUUUAAUUGUUCCUCUUUCAUGUAAAGUUCAUAACCUGUAAUAAUAAUGCAAUAUUACCUUCCAUUAAUCAAUUAAUACAUCCAUCACAUUGGUGGGUUUCACAAGGAAACUUAUAGUGAUUUUUUUGUGC